AUGGCAGAUAGGGGCAAUAUCCUAGAUAAACUUACCAACCAGCAACUUGUUGAUAGGUAUCGCUUCAGUAGGGCAGGCCUCAAUUACCUUGAAACUGUGUUUGGACCAGCACUGGAGCCAGCUACAAUGGGACAUAAGAGUUUGUCGGCUAUGGACAAACUCCUUAUUACUCGAAGGUACUUAGCAACAGGGGGAAUUCAGCAAAACGAUGCUGACAUGCACAAUGUCUCACAGCCAGCAGUAUCAAAAAUAUUGACUGAAGUGACAAAUCAUCUGUCAUCUGCUGAUGUUUUGGGAAGGUUUGUGCGUUUCCCACUAACAGUCAGGGAGCUUGAUGCACAGGUUCAACAGUUUUAUGGACUGGCACAGUUUCCAAAGGUGGUGGGUGUCAUAGAUGGUACCCACAUACGUAUUCAGGCCCCUUCGGAGGAUGAGCCGUCUUUUGUCAAUAGGAAGGGUUUCCAUUCAAUUAACGUAGAAGUUGUGUUUGAUGGUUUUGACAGAAUAACAAAUGUGGUUGCCCGAUGGCCAGGGUCUGCACAUGACAGCAGAAUUCUUCAGCAGAGUGGCCUUAGGAACCUAUUUGAUGAAGGUCACUUACCUAAUGGUCAAUACCAUCUUCUUGGGGUCAGCGGAUAUGCUGGGCGAAGGUGGCUACUUACCCCAUACCUCAAUCCCCAGCCUGGUAGCCAAACAGCAUACAACAGUUAA